AUGCCUGGAGUUCCCAUCGACGCCCUUGACAACCUCAAGGCCAAGUUCAAGGCCAUCUUCAAGAAGAAGGACGAGAAGAAGGCCGACGCCUCAAAGCCCGCCGAGUCCAAGCCCGUCGAGACUCCUGCCACCACUACCACGCCGGCCACCGAGCCCACCAAGACUGACGCAGCUCCCGCCCCCGUCCCGGCCACCGAGCCCGCUGCCGCUGCGCCUGCCCCUGCUGCCGCUGCUGAGCCGCCCAAGGCACCCGAGCCCGAAGCCAAGAAAGACGAUGCUCCGGCCACCACUGAGCCCGCCAAGGCCCCUGAGGCUGCUCCUGAAGCUCCCGCAGCCCCUAUCGUAGCCCCCGAGGCCCCCAAGGCCCCCGAGCCCGCCACCGCGCCUGCUCCCGCUCCCGCUCCCGCUCCUACUGCCGAGCCUGCGAAGACUGAGACCCCGGCUACUACUGCCCCGGCUGCCGAGACCGCCCCUGCGGCUACCCCCGCCUCUGCCCCUGCUCCCGCCGCCGAGCCUACCGAGGCCGCCAAGCCCGAAGAGAAGCCCGCGGAGGCGAAGAAGGAGGCCACCGUCGCCUAG